GGCUCUACGUAAACGGAAAAAGGAAGUGUUUGCCUACAAAGUGCUUUGUGAAUCUGAAGAACUGACGGCUUUGCCUAAAACUUUAAUCUCUGGAAAUAACAACGAGACAGUCCAUGACGGGUUGAGUGUGUUUCGUGUCUUUGCCUUCUGACCGUAAUCCCGAAAGACUGUGUUUAUGCUGCGUCGAGUGACAGAGUGACAGUGUUCGGCGGCUGAGGCGACAGACUCGUAGGUUCAAGGAGAAGAAUGGAUGAACGGCACAGACGUAUUUUGCAAAAGAAUCGAGUUCAGUUGCUGAAGGAACUGGAGCCAUCUUUGUUGUAUGAUGGUUUAAUUGCUAAAGGAGUGUUCACGCAAGACAUGAUUGAUGAAAUUCAGAACAAAUCAGUUCGCAGAGACUGCUCCCGGCAGCUGCUCACAGACCUUGAGGGUCGAGGAAGUCAAGCUUUCCAUCUUUUCCUGGAGUGUCUCCGAGAAGCUGGCCAAAACCGUGUGGUUGACAUUCUUUGCCAAAGAGGACAAAUUCCUGUUCAGCCCCCUAUCAUUGAACCUUUGCCGGUCAUAAUUCCAAAUACAACUCCACAUGCUUGGGAAUUCAAGGACCGUCUAGACCGAGGGGAUGCAACCACUGUCGUUAAGGGUGUUUCUUGUUCCCAAGAUAAAACACCACUCCCUAUUCAAUGCACAGAAGACCAGCACUUGCACCCUAAACCAAGCAGAGGAGUCCGUAGAAAUAGCCUGCAGUCAUACAAGAUGGAUUCCAAUCCCAGUGGUCUUUGCCUCAUCAUAAACAAUGUGGACUUCAUGCAGGAAAGUAAACUGAAGAGCCGUGCUGGUUCAGAUGUCGACUCUGACAAGAUGAAGAAGCGAUUUGAGGCACUUCAUUUCAAAGUUUCUGUAAAGAGAAACUUAAAAGCCCAGGAAAUAAAGAGAAGCGUGUUAGACCUGGCCAAAGAAGACCAUACCAGCUUUGACUGCUGCAUCGUUAUUAUUCUUUCACAUGGAAGAGAGGCAAAACACAGCCGUUUUCCAGGUGGGAUCCAUGGCAUUGAUGGCCUCUUUGUUACCAUGGAGACACUUACAAGUUAUUUUAAUGGCCAGAAUUGUCCUUCUCUUCAAGGCAAACCAAAAGUGUUUUUUGUCCAGGCUUGUGGUGGAGAUGAUAAAGAUACAGGGUUUGACGUACCAGCAGAUGAGUUUUCUUCUGCGAGCAGCCACCAUAGUGGAGAUGAUCAGACAGAUGCCGCACCUAUGAUGACAACAGUGAAGGAACUAGCAAGCUGUGAUGAACCUGAUGCCAGAACAUCAUUACCAAAUUCCAGUGAUAUUUUAGUGUCCUACUCAACCUUUCCAGGGUAUGUCUCUUGGAGAGACACCAGUACAGGCUCCUGGUAUGUGGAAACUUUGGAUGCUGUCUUAGAAGAAUAUGCAGGUAGUGAAGACCUGGUUACAAUGCUUAUGAUGGUCACAGACAAAGUUUCACAGAACUCAGCCAAAGGAAUCUACAAACAGAUGCCAGGAUCAUUUAAUUUCCUGCGUAAACACCUUUUCUUCAAGACGAGUGCCAGCAUGUAGCUUUGUCAGACGCGUGUCCUGCACCUUCAUGGGUGACUGUAGCAGCUGUGGCUUGACAACACACAAUGCAUUAAGAAUCAUUCUAAUUUUUUUUUUUUUGGUUCCUAAAAAGUGUAGCUUUCUAAUUUUGGAGGGUGAGUAAUUAUUUCCACUGAAAGGCCUGUUUUUCAGGUUCUCUACUCAGGUACGCUCUUGCACUACAGAUACUUUUCUUUUUUGCUCCCAAAGAUUGGUGCUUAGGUAAGGUAAGAACAGUGCUGCAGGUUAUUUAUAUGAGAAAAUUGGGAGGUCAUCAGAUUGACCAGCUGUGCUUCCCAUCCAUCAAAUUUAUAACCUGAUAUUAAUGAAAGUUGUUUCAUUAAAUUUUAACCUGAUAUAAAUGAAAGUCGUUUCUUUAACUAUGAACAAGUACUAAGAAGAAGAACAAAAACAUUACAAUAGUACCUACCGUAUGUCAGGAUUCUGACCAGUGCUGUCCUAAGCAACUUAGAGACCAUAAAAUCCAUAAACAACUCUGUGCUUUAAAUCAGUUGAAAUGGAGAAAAAAAACAUUUUUUGUGUAAUUCUAUCAUUUUUUUCAAAGCUACAGAAUAGCAUGCACAGUGAGUGGAGAUUGCUGAAAUUGGUUCAGUAGCCUAAGGCUGUAACUGGGUAGGUCUCUACCAGUUCUUGGCAAAUGCCAUUUUUUAUUUUAUAUAGUGUUAAUUAACUUUAAAAAUCCUUAUCCACAGUAUCAGUGAAACACAAAAUAUCGACCCCUUGUGUAUGAUUGCAGACUGUAUACUGUGUCUUAACACCAUUUGGCGCUUGUUAUAUUACAGGUGUUGUUUUUCCUGGUUUCUAAAGCCUUUGCUACACUUGAGUUUAAUUAAUUUUUGAGUGAUUUGUAUAAUUGCUUUUUGUAAAUGACAAACAAAAUAAUUCUUUAAAAAUUAAAAAAAAUUUCAGCAA